CGCGCUGGGCAAAAUGGCGGCCGCCGUGCACGGACUGAACGCGCCGCGAAUAAACUUAAAAGAAGAGGAAGAAGAAUGCGAACUAAAUGCGCAAGCAAUACAGUUAAAGGAAGAACAUUUUAAUGAUGAAAUAAAUGCGCUGUCAGUCAACUUAAAAGACGAGGAAUAUGAUGAACUCGCUGCGCCGCUGAUAAACCUGAAAGAUGGUGCAGAAGAAGAAGAGGAGGAGGAGGAUGAACUAAACGCUUCGCGAGGCAACUUAAAACUAAACGCGUCUGUCAGACUGUUGGAACAUAUUGAGCCGUUAGUGAGUGCAAGGAAGCGAAAACGAUCGGUUCCUACGAAAGAACGAGAAGUGAUGAAACAAAAACGACACGACGGCAGUGGGAAAGAGCCGAUUAUAGCGUGUAACCACGUAGGAGAGAAGUUCUGCAGAGCUUCCAGUCUGUCAAAAGACGAUCUGUUGCAGAAUUUCAGCCUUUUCUACGAGACGGCAAACAAAGAAAAACAAGACGAAGGCAUUCUUAGGCUGGUGAAUCUCUCUCUUCCAAAAAGAAUACGUGUCAGUCCUAACGCGGCGAAAAGGCCAAGGAACCUCUCCAUUACGUACUUUCUAUUACGUAAAGGCUCCAUGGAAAGGGUUCCUGUCUGCAAAGCAACUUUCAUCAGCGUUUUGGGUAUCUCUAAAGACAGAGUGGCAAGGGUUUGUCAGUACUUCGCAGCACAUUGCGCGCCUAGACCAGAGCUCCGCGGAGGACCCAGAAACGUCGAGCAGAACAAAGCCAAGCGCGACAGCAUCCGCCAACACAUCUCACAGUUUCAGUGUCAGGCCUCUCACUACGGUCGGAAGGACAGCCCGGGAUGUAAAUAUUUGCCGAGUGAUUUGACCGUUGCAAAAAUGUAUUCGCUUUUUAAAGAGCAGCACCACUGCCAGAUUUCAUACAGCCUGUAUUACUCAGUAUUCAAGUCUGAUUUCAACCUGGGAUUCGGGCAUCCUGCUGAUGUGUGUUAAAUUAACGAUGAAAAAAAAAAAAAACAGCAGCAAUCAGAUGAUGUGAAAAAAAAAUGGAAGCGGCCUAUUUCAUACUACACAGAAUGAAAAGCUAGGAGCUUCGACGAUGUGCUCGAUCUGGCUCCUCCCACCAGAUGUGUUUUGAAAAAAAAGGAUGAGACUUGGGAUUAUCUGAACUUCCAGUGAGAGAAAGAUACUAAGACAGAUCUAUAAGUAUGUGCAUGGGAAGUCAUUUCAGUCAAAACUGCAGAAUGACUUUAUCUCAUUUUGCGGCGAAACCCCUCAUGUAUAUAAUAAUGUUUUAUAAAUGUUAUUAUCUGAGGUAAAAGUGAUUAAAUGUUCAAUGUUCAGGGUAUUAUGAGCACUUUUUAGACCUUCAGACAUCGGUUAAUAUACACAGUACAUUUACACAAAUGAAAUACACAAGUGUAAUUCUGUUUACUUUUAACUAUGUGUAUUAUUUCACUGUUGGAUUAUAAGUCUCACUGAUAUGGGAGGCACAUCUGCCAACUAAAAAAGUCCACAGAUUUUAAACCUCUGAUGAAAGAUGACGAGAUGGCCACCAUGCACUCCAAAGGAUCGACUGUAGACAAGUGUGUUAUAAUGUAGUCGGUAAAACCCGAACACGACAUUACUGUGCUCAAAAUACUCAUUCAAGUAUCACACACUAUGAUUCCACUGCUAUGUCAGGGUCACUGUUGUACUUAGUGUGAUGUAAAUAUCUUCGGUGGAUGGAGUAGAAGUGAUUGACACACUGUGAAUACAAGAUGAUGUGUAAAAUAAAGCUAUAUGAG